UUUUAUUUAUUGAUAUCCGCUAUUUAUAUGCCAUUAACGUUUAUCUUCUUCCCUCACCCAUCAAGUCGCAAUUCCCAACACUGUCAUAAACAGAAAAAAAAGGAAUCUUCAAGAAAAAAAAAAAAAAUGAAACUGAACGUUGUCGUUUCACUACUUCUCCUUCUAAUCUCAUCCGCCACAUGUUGUCCGCCGUCGGACCGCCGUGCACUCUUAGCUUUCCGGGCAGCUCUCCACGAGCCAUACCUCGGCAUUUUCAACUCAUGGACCGGCCAAGACUGUUGCCACAACUGGUACGGUGUAAGCUGCGACUCGCUGACUCACCGAGUCGCCGACAUAAACCUCCGCGGCGAGUCGGAAGAUCCGAUCUUCGAAAGAGCUCACCGGACCGGUUACAUGACCGGACAUAUCUCCGCCUCUAUAUGUGAACUGACCCGUCUCUCCGCCAUUACAAUCGCCGAUUGGAAAGGUAUCUCCGGCGAAAUCCCUAAAUGCAUCACUCGUCUUCCUUUUCUCCGUACACUCGACUUGAUCGGAAACCAAAUCUCCGGUGGGAUACCAUACGACAUCGGUAGAUUAAACCGGUUGGCUGUUUUAAACGUAGCCGAUAACCGAAUCUCCGGUCCGAUUCCGAGAUCGUUAACCAAUCUCUCCAGCUUAAUGCAUUUAGAUCUCCGUAACAACUUAAUCUCCGGCGUAAUCCCGUCGGACAUCGGGAGAAUGAAAAUGCUCAGCCGUGCUCUGUUAUCCGGAAACCGAAUAACCGGUCGGAUCCCAGAAUCCUUAACCAACAUCUACCGGUUAGCUGACGUGGAUCUCUCCGGAAACCAACUCUACGGCACAAUCCCGCCGUCUCUGGGACGCAUGUCGGUUUUAGCAACGCUAAACCUCGACGGGAACAAAAUCUCCGGAGAGAUACCUCAGACGCUGAUGACGUCGUCGGUGAUGAACCUGAACUUAAGCAAGAACAUGCUACAAGGGAAGAUACCAGAAGGAUUCGGACCAAGGUCGUACUUCACAGUUCUUGAUUUGUCGUAUAACAAUCUCAAAGGAGCAAUACCGAGAUCGAUCUCAGGUGCGUCGUUCAUCGGUCAUUUGGAUCUUAGCCAUAACCAUCUCUGUGGGAGGAUCCCGGUGGGUUCGCCGUUCGAUCACCUUGAAGCGGCGUCGUUUAUGUUUAACGACUGUCUUUGUGGUAAACCCUUGAGGGCUUGUUUGAAAAAAUGAAUGUAAUUUGAGGUUUUUCAUUAUUAUUAUUAGAGAUCAUUAUUACUUAUAUUUAUGAUUAUGCAUUUCAGAAACACAAAAAACAAAAGAAGGAGUUGAUAUAAAAUAUAAUUGUAUGAUUGUGGGAUGGACCAAACAUUAUAUGUAAACUCCAGUUUCAUUCA